AGAAGGAAACGACAUCAUGAUCAUGCUCGAAAAUGGAUGACAUCACUCGUCACGUACUUUUCUCUAUUUCAUUUACGAACAAUACUAGGCUUGAGUUGUCUUAUACUCGCCUCCAACACUGAAUACAAGAACCGCGGUACGUGCGCCGAGAACAGACCUACAACCCAUCACCUGUUAUUUGGGGCUAACCGUUCGCCAUGUCAACUAAGAGGAAGAUGAAAAGACGAGAGAAACCAAAUGGCCGAAUAGAGGAGGAACCCAUACCGAAGCUACCUGCAUGGGUAACCAAUGAGGCGAUCGAGCAAAAUCUCUCCGUCCAAAGACAAGGACGAGAUCUCACUUCUCGCUCCCAGAUUGUGCGAUCGCGAACUUGGGAAACGGGCCAUAAGGAAAUGAGGGAUCAACGAUUUUUCGCAGGCUACGCCAAUCUAUUCUUGAGCGAUCAUAAACCAAAACAAACUCCUGAGGUAGGAGGGAGAAAAACCAAUAGAACGAACGAAUGAAAGGGACGCCGAAAGGGUUGAAUCUGGAUCGGAAUGCCGUACGACAAGGCACCGAGCCCAGGGAAGAAACAAAGAAAGAGAGAUGAGAGAAAAGAAAAUGAAAAAAAAAGGGAAAAAAGAUAAGCGCGAGGUCUUGGCGUUCUUUUCUCCGUCCUCCUCACCCAUUUCAACCCUUAAAUUUUGAACUCGAGAUAUCCAUACUGCUUCUGAAUGGCUGGCAGAUCCGGAUCGGAUCACCGCCCGAUCAGCACGGAGCAAGCCACGUUCGGAUAUGCCAAAAAUGAAUCUAAAUAAGGGUUCAACUUUAUUGACUUCCUUUCACGGGGGGGGGGGGGGGGGGGAGAUCGGCAGUUACACUACCUAUCACCUUAAGCAUUCUAGAGGUUGGACUUUUCGGAGACUUUAACCGCUCUCACCACCCUUCCAUCCGAGGAUCUACUAGCGUCUUCCAUUGAGGAGAGACUAGAUCGGCAUUUUACAAGAAGCACUUCAGUCC